AUGGAUUGGAAAGCCUUCACCUACAAGACCCCAAGUGAGCUGGGAGAAGAGCCGUGCGUUCUGGCGCUACCCGAUACGGUCCCUGAAGCAUCGGGUAAGCACCCAAGGUACGUCCAGGACGUCAACAACCAGCCCACAGAGGGCGUCAAACAGGUCGGCUGGCUCUCCUGCAACGACAACCCGCUCAGCACCGACGAGGCCAUCACCUGCGACGUGGCACAUGUCGGUGGCGUGCGCGUGCCCGACUCAGAGGGCUUUUGCUGUGGCUGUGGCCUUGGGGAGGUGGUGUCUGGGCAGCCAACUCGCUCGUCUGCAGACUGCGGGCUCUUCAGCAUGAGUGACAGCGCGCACUGCCUCAACUUCGAUGGCCUCUGGUAUUCUGUCUAUGAGGUCGACCGCCCCCAGAUCUUCUACGACAUCACCAUCAGCAUCCUCUUGCCGACGGAGUACAAGCUCGGCGGGAAUGUGACCUACCGGGAAUCUUCGCUUUUUCUGAGCCACCACCAGCCUGUGGCGACAGCCGAGGGAGGAGCUCUCCGCGCCGAACUGGUCGGAGACCUUGCAGCGGCCGUGGCACCCCACCGCUUUGAGUCUAAGUAUUUGGUGGUGCCACAGCGUCCGACCGGACACGCUCGAGUGAACCCUUCGGCGCCGCUGGAGAAUGCCAUGCUGCUGGACAGGUCCCUCUUCGACCUUUCUGGCAGGACCUGCGACAGGAUCGGCGUUUCGUUUCCUGCCUUCCGGUACCAGGCGGCAGAAGUGCGACCGCCCUGCGGAAGCUGUCUGCACUCUCAGCUGGAAGACUUCCACAGCGAGGAUGAAGAUCGCCUCGCCUCUGGCCAGCCGACCUCCUACCGCGUGCUGGGAUAUUGUGACGGAUCGAUGGAGCUGGCGCACCAGAGUGGUACAUCAGGUACUCAAGUCUUUUUGGCAUGUCCGCUGGCGCAGAGGCCUGGAAAGACAGCUUUUCAGCCGACGCCAUGA